UUUCAUUUGACGCAACUAGGAUGACAGAUGGUCCUGCACAGAUUAGACGUUUUUAGAAAUGCUCGAUUUUCGUAAAUCCUGUUCGACUUUUACCCGUUGUUAUUGCAUAAAAUUAAUAAAAUAUAAACGGUUUUUUUUUUGCUUAAACCCAGAGAUUAAUACAUUUCUUUAGGAAGAGAUUUGUUUCUGACAAAAGUAAAUGUUGCGCGUUGUUGCUCGCGUGUGAGGUGGCGCUCGGUUCGUUGCAGCGGGCAGGCCGUAUUUCGGGCAGGCGGGGCUCUAAGGAGGGAUGCUGCUGGAAAGCAGGUGGGACCGCGGAUGCUCCGGGGAUGCGCGUCGGUGCGAGCGGAGCAGAAGGAGGCGGACAGAGGCUGUUAUUCCACCGCAGUGAACGGCGUAUGCGAGGCCGGGACCGGGCUCUGGGUCGAUUCGGAGGCGCGCGCCGUGCGGGAUUGCUGCGGGGCCGCUCGGGAGGCUGACGGGGCGCGACGUCCUCCGUCUGCGGCUGUCGUGUCGCCGGAUGCUGGGUCGACGGCCGCAGCCUUGCGCGUGAAACCCGAUAUUAUGCGGCUAGGAGGCGGUUCUGGACGGAUCACAGGGCGACGAAGCACCGGUUCAGAGCGCGUUUGGCAAACUGGCAGUAUUGGCCAACCAUGGUUGACCCCUCGGAGGCUGAGGAGCAGAGCAAGUGUAAAGGCCCGCAGCUGGACGUGGCGGCUGUGGGCACCGACGACCCUCGACUUCCAGAACAGGCAGAUGGCGCCACCACGGAGGACGAGGGGGACGCCGGGUUCGAGACCCCGCCCACGGGCAGCUCUGAGCCCAGCCCCUGCCACAGCGCCUCGUCGGCGGGCCCGGACGCUGCUCCCGAGGCGCAGACCCAGGCGGCAGAGCCGUCGCCCAAGAUGCACCUGGACCUGUACAACUUCGACUCGCCGGCGGCCGAGGGCAGCCGCUACGUGCUGACGAGCCCGCGCUCCCUGGAGGCGUGCGCGCGCUGCGGGGUCAAACCCGUGGAGCUGCUGCCCCGCCCGCUCGCCGACUUCGCCCGGGAGGCGCCCGGGCGCUCCAUGCGCGUGGCCACGGGCCUGUUCGAGGUGUACGAGCGGGAGCGGCACGGCAAACUGAGGCAGUGUCUGGAGGAGAGGGAGAGGAUCGUCAGGGAGGAGAAGAGGAGGAUUCUGCAGGCGGCGGUCAAUAGCGGCGGCUGUACGUCACCGCCGUGUGUCGAGAAAGCGGGUUCUAGGCCCGCUCAGCCUCCUAAUGCCGGACCGGUACCUCCAGGCUCCGCCCCUGAUGUGGGACCACCGUCUAGAAGCACCACAGCGGCCCAGAUUUCUAAAACUGCUACAGCCGCUCCUGGUCUCAGCACCUCCCCUAUGUCUGCCCGUCCAGGACUGACCCGGUCUAUAAAGAACGGGUCCCCAACCUCAGCGCCGACCUCCAAGGGUGGAUUCCAAGGAUCCGCCAAGCAUCCUCUGUCUUCAUCGACUGAACAAGCGAAACCUGCCCGGCCGCCGCCCGUCGCCAGGAAGUCUCCUGGGGGGAAAUCCUCCAACACAUUUCCAAGAUCCACCCCCAAACCUCCUCUGUUCCCCAGGGCCAACACCACGUUAUCAUCAUCCGCGACGAAGCCGGCAGAUCCCAGCUCUGCGAAGCCCUCGAACGGCGUGACGAGGGGCCCGUUCGCGCAGCACAACGGCCACCUCGGCGUUCAUUCCAAGGUGCGGGCCAGAAGCCACUCCCUGGAGUCACUACAGCGGCGGAUGGAGCCCAUCUGCUCCUCCACCUCCACCACCACCACGGCAACCACCUGCACGUCAUCCGAGUCCGGCGCCUCCUCGUCCUACAGCUGGGACGGCGCGCGGGACCACUGGGCCCGGUUCUCCAGCCCCCGAGCCCGCACGCUGGCCACCUUCAACUCGCUGAUGGGCCGCAGCCUCAGCCUGGGCGACCUCAGCCACUCGCCCCAGACCACGCAGAAGGUGGAGCGCAUCGUGAAGGAGGUGAAGCGCCGGGGCCUGAAGGCCGUGUCCGAGCGGGACCGCAAGAUCGCGGCGCUGAUGCUGGCGAGGUACCAGGAGGAGGACAUCAUGAGCCAGACGCGCUACGUGGCUCACCUCCAGUGGGACAGCGAGCGGCGCAUGGAGGAGCUGCGGCGGGAGCAGGAGGACCGCGAGAAGCAGCGCGCCGUGCUGCAGUGCCAGCGCGUGUGGCACACGGCGGUGUCCGUCCGCCAGCAGAGGCUGAGUCAGCAGGAGCAGGAGGCGGUGGCGGCGAAGCUGCGGCAGGCCGAGGAGAGCGAGGGGCGAUGGAGGGAGCUGGCGGAGCAGCAGGAGCGCAGCCGCGUGCUGAGGCUGCAGCAGGCGGCGCGGGAGGGCAAGCACAAGAAGUCGCUGCAGGAGCAGAACCUGCGGGCGCUGGAGGAGGAGAGGGCGGCCAUGCUGGAGCAGGAGAGGCUGCUGCUGAAGGAGAAGCUCACCAUGGCGGAGCUGAAGCGGCAGGAGAAGGAGCACCAGGCCCAGGAGGAGAGACGGGGCCUGAACAAGGCGGAGAAGCGGCGCCACGCCGCCCUGAUACAGGAGAUCGCCCGCAGGGAGCAGGAGGAGAGGGACGAGGCCCGCCGGGCGGCGGCGGAGAAGCUCAGCCGCUCCCUGGAGAACUACGAGCACAUCGUGGAGCGCCGCGGCCAGGAGCUGAAGGAGAAGGCCAAGCGGGAGGAGCUGCAGAUCCAGAAGGCCCGCCGGGCCGCCGAGAGGCGCGAGCGGCAGCAGCAGCAGCUGCUGGAGGCCCGCGCCAAGGAGGCGGAGAAGCGGGCGCAGCAGGCGGCCCAGGUCGCCGAGGACAGGGCCAAGGAGCGGGCCCAGCGGGCCGUCCAGUGCCGGCAGGAGAAGGAGCGGCUGCAGAGGCUCAACAGGCAGCGCGUGGAGGAGGAGGAGCGGCUGAGGCGCCUGGAGCUGCUGCAGUCCAUCGAGAGGAAGCUGGAGAAGAGCGAGCAGAUCUUCAAGGAGAAGAGGGCCGUCUUGGAGAGCGCUCGCUCCGUGGCCCGCGCCUCCUUCCACGUGCGCGACAAGGUGCGCGAGGAGACCAACAUGCGCACUUUUGACAAGAUGGCCCUGGAGGCCCAGCUCAAAGCCACCCUGGACGAGAAGUAAGGCCGGAGCUGCUGUGGACGCGGUCUUGGUGACGUGCUCGGCUGUUGCCUCAGCCUCACCGCUCUCCAGCUUUACCUUUAUCCAAAUCUCCAGUUUUCUGUUUUUCCAUAAAUGUCUGAGUUUUGUUUUUACCAUUUUGUAUCAAAGCAAACCAAAUUAUUUUAUAUGGUGAGACUACAAACUAUUCUAUCAACUGCUGUAAAUGAACAGUGACUCCUGUGUGGACUUCAUAUUGGAUGCAGAGAGUGAAGAGUGUGCAGUCACAACUGUUUUUCUUUGCCUUCUGCUUUGUCCGUCUCAGCUGCUGGACUGAAAGCUGUGCUGGGAUGAAAAGAGUCACUGUUUACCAGGAAGCACAACUCCAUGACAACUGCAGAGGCUUUUAAGGGAAAUAAAAAGCAGGCCGCACAUUCUCUCGAAUGCCUGCAGCCAAGGAGCGAUGCUGCGUGAACACUGACGCAGCUCGAUUAUGUCAGGAAACAAGAUUCCUGCUGGACGUGUUUGGCUGCGUGCACAAGUCCGUGCUGAUGAAGCAUUAGCUUCUGCAGCGGUGCCGUUCCUCCCUCCCUUCCAGCCCUCCGAGGACUUGCUGUGUCUCUCCCCCUCAUGUCCGAUGACGGAGAACAGCCGACAGACAGCUGCCCCGCUCCCACACAACCCCCUGGUGACCAUGUCAAGUUCAGCGGGUCCUGGUGAUGUAUCCCACAACCCUCCCCAGGAGUGUUUAUUUCUACCUUGUCAAAGCAAGUGACUGAAGCCUGUUACACUCAUUCAUUUUUGAACAGUAAAUUUGGGAAGUGAACUCUGCAGCACCUUCACAAAUGAAAUCACACAUUCAACCUGCUGUAUUAGCAUAAAGGCAUGUCGUCUGUAGUAUGUUCCUUCUUGAUCCGACAUCGGUCUGGCCUUCAGUUGAAUAAUGGUUGUUAAUACGGUUGCUUGAGUGAAUGGUGUGGUAGAAAACGAUGAGUUCAGAGGUCUCACCAACUUUUCUGUCAAAGCGGACUAAAUAUGCUGUGUAAAAAUUUGAAUAAAACAUUUUAAGAUGUAA